UUAUCAAUCAUCACUGUCAAAUGUCAGUGUCAUCAUCAUCACUCCCAAAACCCUAACCGGAUUCAAUCCAAUUCAAUUCAACUCGGCUCUACAUUUUCUCCAAAACACUGCUCCAACUCCAAGAAGGCAACACGAAAUCGACCUCUGCAUUCCUUCCUUCCUUCAUAAAACUGUCGUUUUCUUAUAUCCCCCGACUUUUGCUUGCUGUCGAUCUGGUUAUCAUUGUUUUCUUCAUUCUUUCCAAAAGAUUUGUCCCAGAAGAAGUAAAGAGAAUUGUCUGAAAUGGCGAGGAAGAUGCUUAUCGAUGGGGAGCUGGACAAAGCCAAUGAGCAGGAGAUUCAAUAUGAUUAUGACUUGUUUGUAAUUGGGGCAGGCAGUGGUGGAGUUCGGGCCUCUCGAUUUUCCGCCCAAUAUGGGGCUAAGGUUGCAAUCUGUGAAUUACCAUUUCAUCCUAUUAGUUCCGAGGUUCUUGGCGGAGUGGGUGGCACGUGUGUCAUUCGAGGGUGUGUUCCUAAAAAGAUUUUGGUCUAUGGUGCUUCUUAUGGGUCUGAACUAGAGGAUGCAAGGAAUUUUGGUUGGGAACUGAAUGAGAACAUCGAUUUCAAUUGGAAGAAGCUUUUACAGAAGAAGACAGACGAAAUAGUCAGAUUGAAUGGACUCUAUAAGAGAACACUUUCUAAUGCUGGAGUGAAGUUGUUUGAAGGAGAGGGAAGAGUUGUAGGUCCCAAUGAAGUCGAGCUUAUCCAAUUGGAUGGAACCAAAAUAAGCUAUACGGCAAAACACAUUCUCAUUGCCACUGGUAGCAGAGCUCAGAGAAUAAAUAUUCCCGGCCAGGAAUUAGCUAUAACAUCGGAUGAGGCAUUAAGCUUGGAGGAGUUUCCCAAGAGAGCAGUUAUACUCGGUGGAGGGUAUAUUGCUGUUGAGUUUGCUUCAAUAUGGAGAGGGAUGGGUGCAACGGUGCAUUUGUGUUUUAGAAAAGAACUUCCUUUAAGAGGUUUUGAUGAUGAAAUGCGAGCAGUGGUUGCCAGGAAUCUGGAAAACAGGGGUGUCAAUUUGCAUCCUAGGACAAACUUAACUGAGCUGGUUAAAACGGAAGAUGGUAUAAAGGUUCGCACUGAUCAUGGUGAAGAAAUCACAGCAGAUGUCGUACUCUUUGCCACAGGCAGGGCUCCUAACACUAAAAGGUUAAAUCUGGAAUCUGUAGGUGUUGAGGUUGAUCGUAGGACUGGAGCGGUAAAGGUUGAUGACUAUUCCCGUACCAACAUACCAAGCAUAUGGGCCAUAGGUGACGUUACAGAUCGACUGAAUCUCACCCCUGUUGCCUUGAUGGAAGGAACAUGUUUUGCUAAAACUGUGUUCGGUGGACAGGCUACUGCUCCUGAUUACAACCACAUACCUUAUGCUGUGUUUGGGAUACCUCCACUCUCUGUGGUGGGUCUCAGUGAGGAGCUGGCCUUAGAGAAAUCCAAUGGCGACAUUUUGAUUUAUACAUCUACAUUUAAUCCGAUGAAGAACACCAUUUCUGGACGGCAGGAGAAAACAGUUAUGAAGCUUGUCGUUGAUGCUGAGACAGAUAAGGUUGUUGGAGCGUCCAUGUGUGGGCCAGAUGCACCUGAGAUUAUGCAGGGAAUUGCCGUCGCCCUCAGAUGUGGGGCAACCAAGACACAAUUUGACAAUACAGUCGGGAUUCACCCAUCCGCUGCAGAAGAAUUUGUGACCAUGCGGUCUGUGACUAGGCGAGUCACUGGUCAUAAAGCCAAGACCAACUUAUAGACUAUAAACGCGGUCAGUACAAGGCUGCCAAACAUACACAACGUAUUUUAUUACAUAAAUACGACCGAUAGCUUUGAGAUGUCUGUUUGGUUUAUUUGGUUGAGAUGUGUUGUAGCUUUCAAUAUUCGAAGAACAAACUUAAAUAAAUAAUUGCUCGUCUUGUUUGCGUUGUUUUAAAUGAAGUGAGUAAGUUUGUGCCA